UGUGGAAGCAUCUGUGUGGUUCACACAGGGGCAGAAUAGAGGUGGGGAGAUAAGGUGUAUUUGUUGAUAUCGACGGUUGCUUAUCUUCAAGGUUGAACUAUUUUUUCCAAGAAAUUUUUCCUGUCUGUGCUUGAAUGAAUGUGAACCGACACAUCUGAGGUCUGCAGCUAUGAGCUAUAAAAGGGGCAACUCACCCAGACGGUCACAGAUUGUCACGAUGAUGUUUGUGAUCUUGGCUUUGUUUGUUGCUGGUGCCUACGGGUGUGGUCUGCCAACCUACCCCCCCACCCUCACCAGGGUGGUUGGUGGAGACGAUGUCCGUCAGCACAGCUGGCCCUGGCAGGUGUCUCUGCAGUACAAGAGUGGUAGCAACUUCUAUCACACUUGUGGUGGUACCCUGAUCUCUGACCAGUGGGUCCUCACCGCUGCUCACUGCAUCGGAAGUCGCACCUACAGAGUGUACCUGGGAAAGCACAGCCUUGAUACUGACAAUGAGGCCGGAUCCAUCGCCAUCAGCCCUGCCAAGAUCGUCGUCCACGAGCAGUGGGACUCUUACAGAAUCCGUAACGACAUUGCUCUGAUCAAGCUGGCCAGCCCUGUCAAACUGUCCAACUCCAUCAUGGCUGCCUGUCUCCCCAACUCUGGUGAAAUCCUGCCUCACAAUGCUCCUUGCUACGUCACUGGCUGGGGACGUCUCUGGAGUAAGUUCUACCGGCAAACUGGAGGCCCCAUUGCUGACAUCCUGCAGCAGGCUCUGCUCCCAGUGGUCGACCACUCCACCUGCACCAGGUACGACUGGUGGGGCAGUCUGGUCACCGAGAAAAUGGUCUGUGCCGGAGGCGACGGAGAGCUGGCUAGCUGCAACGGCGACUCCGGUGGUCCCCUUAACUGUCAGAACCCUGACGGCUCCUGGGAUGUCCAGGGAGUGGUGAGCUUUGGCUCAAGCAUGGGUUGCAACUAUCCCAAGAAGCCAUCCGUCUUCACCAGAGUCAGCUCCUACAUCAGCUGGAUCAACAACGUGAUGACCACAAACUAAGAUGGAAUAGUUGGAGUUGUCCAUAGUGGAUUUUUGCAAUGCAAAAUAAAAAAACUAAAUAUUAUCAAAGUGUCCUUUUGUUUUUUUUAACUGAUUCUAGUCAAGAUAGUAAAAGGUAGUAAAAGUUUCUGUUUUUCAGUGAAAACA